CAUAGUAACGAGGCUUCACCGUUAGCUUGAGUAAGCAGGUUUGUUUUCUGCGUUGUAGAAAAUAAAAGAAGAACGAUAAGCUAGUUUAUUAAGUACCUCUGUUCCCCUACGCGAAUCAUUAAGCAGCAGAGAUGGACUCUCUGCUCCUGUACGGAGAGGCUGAAGGUUACAUCCAAGGUUUGGAAAGAGUAGCCCUGCGCGAUAUUGGGAGUCCCAGGUGGUUUCGGCAGCAUGAAUACAUUGAGAAACUCAAUAUGCAAGCAAUUCUUCAUGCCCGCGCUAAUCAAGAGGAGUUUAUCAAAGACCUUUUUGUGUCACUUGGAAAGAUCCCCACACUGGUUCAUGGAAUGAUACUCAUUGAAGUUUGGAAGCAGAAAGUGUUCCCUAUCAUCUGCAAGCUUCAAGACUUUAGCCCAAUGAGCAGCUUUCCACUGCACAUUGUGAUUCGCCAUGAAGUUACAAUCAUAAAUCUGUUGGAGACGAUCUUAUACCAUAAAGAAUCAUGUGAGGCAGCAGAGGGUGCUGUUGUGGACCUUGUCGAUUAUUGCCAUCGUAAACUGACUCUGCUGGCAGGGCGUUGUGCCCGGGGAGAAAUCCCCACUGAAGACAGAACCUCACACACAGAGGUCUUAAACAUGAACUCUGUACAGGAUCUGCAAAAUCAGAGCACAAUGUUAGAAUUUGCAAUCUCUCUCAAGGCUCUCUCUGUGCUACGCUACAUUACAGAUUAUGUAGAGAGUUUGAGUUUGAGUGUUCUCACGAGGAUGCUGAAUACUCAUAACCUGCCCUGUGUGCUGGUUCAACUUGUAAAACAUAGUCCCUGGAGCCGUAGAUCUGGAGGUAAUCUACAGAUGUAUGAGGCUGGGGAAUGGAAAGAGAUCCCUGCAGAGGACAGUCUAAAAAUGACCAAAGUGGAAGGGCAGGUGUGGAUUACUUUGCUGAAUCUACUGCUUAAACCAGACUGCCAGAGGAAAUAUGAUUUCAACAACUUCAACAAAAACCAGCUCUUAAAGCUGCGUGCAUUUUUGACGGAUGUUGCUAUCGAUCAGCUGCCAAAUCUAGCUGAUCUUCAGCGUUUCCUCAGCCACUUAGCUGUUACAGACCCUGCACCUCCAAAAAAAGCCCUUAUCCUUGAGCAGCUACCAGAGAUCUGGAAUGAGAUUGUCGCAGAGAAUUCUGGGAAAUGGAAGGCCAUAGCUAAACACCAAGUGAAAAAGGUGUUCAACCCAUCUGUGAAUGAGCUGAGAGAACAAGCAAACAGGCUGGGUGAGAUUUAUAAAUCUGAUGUGUUGGAGUGUCUCAUCCCAGAUAAACCGAAGUGUGGUGCAUGUGGAGCGGUGGGGGCCAAGCGUUGUUCCCGCUGCCAGGGAGAGUGGUACUGCAACAGAGAAUGCCAGGUGAAGCACUGGCCCAAGCACAAACUUGCAUGCCAAAUGAAUGCAGAAGCCACAGAGGAACUACAGAAAUAGCUGAACAUCAAGACCUGAGGGACUCCACCGCUUUCUGACAGGAAAGAGAUCGAGACAUUAUAUUCAUUCUUACAGAGAUUGUCGUGAAAAACAUUCUUUACAGCCUAAGGCAAAAAACUUCAGAGACAGAGGGUUUGUAGAUGUCAAAAAGUAAAUAAACUUUAUUGAAACAAUAAAGUGAGACAGUCUGCAGAGUGUCCGAAUUAUACACACACAAAUAUGUCUUUAUAUACCUCUCUGAAACAGUAAAAUUAUCCCUAGGCGGGGCAUUCACCUUUUCGUUCUAGAAACAAACCAAUCUACAUUGCCUUAACUAAUUAUUCAUAUCCAUAUGAUAUCUUAUAUUUGUGGUGCAUGUGUAAUCAGUUGUAUUUUCUUAAAAUUUUUACCAGACCGGGGUUUUUCACUUUGUUACAUACUUCACCCUAUAUUCUCAUCUUUGUACUUUUCCUCCUUGAAUUCUUAUCUUUUCUUUUGACACUGAUUUGCAAGCUUAGAGGGCUUUGUUUAGAAACCCAGUUCUGGUAUGUGUCUAAUUACUUUUUUAUUGCCACAUAGUGAAGCUGCUUUAGACAAACACAAGGUUCUUAAUUUACACACUUAGAAUACCUCUUGAUCAACAAGUGUACUACGAAUUUAGAUAAUGCUUCCCACAAGUAAUUCUUAACUGUUGGGUAUACAUACCAGAUUAUACCUGAUUAACAUAUCUAAACAUUAGUAAGUUUUGUAGUUACACGCAUUGAAAUAUUAGUCAGUUUUGUGGUUACACUUUAUAUUCUAUAAGAUCAGUGGAACAAAAUGACUAUAAAAACCUUCCUCUGAAUAGUCUAUAGCUUGGGUUGCUAUGGUAUUGAUGGAAAUUGAGGAAGAGGAGGAGCUCGGUGUGUGACUGCAUGAACUUAAAUGUAACUUUUUGAAUUACUGAGAACUUUUUUGUGUUAUUUUUUUUAUUUUAUUAUUAUUUUUUUUUAAUUAAAAGGGAAUUGUAGGUAUGACCACCAUUGUUUUAACUGUUUGAGAAGAUUUCUAAGUCAGUGUUGAGCUUUCUGAGCAUGUUGCUCCAGGGUGAAUGUUGCACACACACACACACACACACACACACACACAACUGAACUGAAUUUAGAGAGUUUGUUUCUAUUUUUUUUCUGUAGUUAUUUUCUAAUUUGUUCCCAAAGUCUGUAAUACAAAUAUUUUCCAUGCCAGUAAAGCAGCCUUUCGAUUUUGACUACAC